UUGGGAAGUGCGUACAACCGCGGUUGGUACGGCCUCGUGAAAUCCGAUAAGAAAGCCGCGAAGAAUUGGAACCGCGCCGUGGAGCUCGGCGACGUGGAUGCGAUGAAUAACCUUGGGAGAUUGUACCAGACUGGAAGUGGCGUCAAGCUGGACAAGAAGAAGGCGAUGAAGCUGUAUCGCGCGGCCGCAGACCGGGGCGGCGCUUUCGCGCAAUCCAAUUUAGCGGUUUUGCUUGAUGCUGAGAAGAAAUUUGAAGAAGCGUUCCGGUACUUUGUGCUCGCGGCGAAUCAAGGCUUCACCGCUGGAGAGCAUAACCUUGGCGUUUGCUACAUGGUCGGAAAAGGCACGGAAGUCGACCUCGGCAAAGCCAGAUACUGGUUCGAGCGCGCCGCUGCCAAGGGCGAGGAG